AAAUCAAGAACCCAAAAAUACAAACCCAUCAAACUCUGUGUUUUUUUGAAGAAACCCAAAAUCCACAUCUUCUUACAAUAUAAUUCUUGAGUUUGGUAAAUUGUGUAUAUUUGUUGUAUGCCCAGAUCUCUCUAGUGUUUGUUUACAUAAUGGUGAGGAGGUAUAUUGAAAUCUAGGGCCCUUUUUUUAAUCUCCAAGGGCCCCACAAACAGAUAUGAAAGAUAUGUUUGGAAGCCCUGGUAGUGUGAGUGGUUUGAUGUUGAGAAUUGGUCAAUGUGUUUGUGCUGCUGCUUCUAUGGCUUGGAUGGUUUCAGCUUCUGGUUUUUCUAAUUACACUGCUUUCUGUUAUUUACUUGCAUCUAUGGGACUUCAAGUAUUGUGGAGUUUUGGGUUGGCAUGUCUUGAUGUCUAUGCUCUUAGAAUCAAGAAAGACCUUCAAAAUGCCGUCCUUGUGAGUUUGUUUGUCGUUGGAGAUUGGGUGGAUAAGAAACUGCCUAGUAACGUUUACCCGUGGCGUCAGGUGACCGCUACUUUGUCUCUUGGUGCUGCUUGCUCUUCAGCUGGGAUUGUAGUACUAUAUGCGAGGGACUUGCAUUUCUGCACUAACCCUAAAAUGCAUCUCCCAUGUAGUAGAUUUGAGAUUUCAAUAGCUAUGGCUUUCAUCACGUGGUUCUUUAUCGCCAUAUCUUCUCAUGUGAUGUUUUGGUUAUUAGCCUCGGCUUAACCAAAAUUGCUGACCAUCUCUUGUUUGCCAUGAAAAACUCUUGUUUAGCUAAUGUGUGAAUUUCAUUCAUGAGAAUCAUUCAAAUUUUGAUCAUGUAGCAUUGAUACUAUGACGUGUCAUUUGUUUGUAUAAUCCACUCAUGUUCAAAAUUUAAUCCGAUUUUCCUUUUUGGAA